AUGAUUUUAGAAGAAUUAGUAGGAACUCUGGUUUCGCUUGGUUCCUCAUUAGUCACACAAGUGCCACGUAUAUCUCGCGAAAAUCUACAAAGACAUUACUGGCUUAUAUUCGAGCAAAGCUCUGAAGACAAAGAGCAGCAACAAGGACUAAUACAUCGCGAGUAUGAACCGCAUGAACCUGCAGAUGUACCAUAUUACGAAGAGUUAAAUGUUCCUGUUUUGACAAACACCGAAAGUCGGUCGAAUCGGGGUGUUUGUGAAUCAUUACGUAGAAGUUUUCAAGUAAAUUUUGUCUUACUGCUUGCCGUAGUUUUAUUGGGUCUGGUCGCAAUUGCUUUGGUUUAUGUUGACUUGAGUACAACGAAUUCCUGCUUCGAGUGGCAACAUUUUAACCACAGUAUACCAUCAAGUAAAAAAGCGUUAAAAACUAUGGGCGCGUCUCUUACUGCUCUACCUCUCUACCUAUGGUUUCCAGUAAGUGCAGCAAUGCUGUGGGGUUUAAAAGAGUUCAAAGAAAAUUAUUUGUCGUGCUUAUUUGUGUCCUGCUUCAUGUUGAUCAUAAGGAUAGUAUGCAGAGCGGUUUUGUUUGAUCAAGUGACAACGAGCACAAAAUACAGGUAUGCAACUUACAAUUUUUAGGCCUCGUGUGGGAAGUUGACCUAGCUGCAGAACUCGCAUUAAAUCAUCCUAACACGCCUAAUUAAUCCCCCUUUAUAUACUGAGCUCCUUUUUAAAGGAGUAGUAUCACACAAAAUAUCACCUUACAUUCUUUAUCUGAUUCUUAUAUAUUGCAAAUGUACCAAACAAGGUAUUUUUAUCGUAAUAUUUGUUGAUUUUGGGUAAGAUACUGAAAACAAUAUCAUGGUGUGAUAUCAAUCCUUUAAGACACUCAAUUUUAAGCAAAUAGUGUUUAUUAAAACGCUUGCUUUGUACGAGUUUUACUUAUCGUCCACACCAAUCAGUGACGUAGCAAGAGGGCGGGGGGGGGGACUUGGUCGCUGGGGGCACGGGGUUUUUGGAAAACUGCUUUCAAAGUGGAGACUGUUCAAAACGGAGACCUAUUGGAUUAGUGUGGACGGGCGAAGACAAAGGUUUUCAAAAACGCCGACGUCAUGAACACUAUAAAACGUGCGAUUAUGCCCAUGAGUUGUUUUACCUAAUUACUUGUCUUGCACGGGAUAGUAUAUUGAUCAUUAAUAUUCCAAGUAAUAACUUGGAAAGACACCGAAAUACUCUACACUAUCACAGGUUAUAUUUAAUUUAUCUCUGAAAUUGCAAAGCCACUACAUGCAAGCGCUAUUAUCAGCGAAGUUUUUAGGUCAAACUUCGAUAAAUUUGCCUAUUUCUCCAUAAAAAGUUUCCUAACCUUGUACGAGUUUUGCAUGAAUAGCGAUAAAAUAAAUAAGGAUCGAAAACAAUGAGAAUUAUCGUUCUCUAAGUGCUAGUGUGCGCGGUAAAAAACGAUCCGGGAACGCUAGUGCAGACGCAGAUAUUUGCAAGUUGUUUUCGAAAUACUAAAAAUAGGUACGCAGUGCGUACAUGUUGCAUGCCAUCUGAAACCAUAUGGUGCCCUAGCGCUUAUAAAUUUUGGUACAACUGGCCUGAAACUUAAAAUAUUGAUUCAAUAAGUUUAAUACCAAUAUAUUUAUUGAAAAAUAGCUAUUAUGUUAAAAUAAGAAAAGUUAAGAUUCCCACGCGAAUAGGCAAUGUUUUUAUGAACGACUGUUCAUCCAAGCGACGGCUGUAACAAGGUCAAGGUUAUCACUGAUUGACUGUUAGAUUUCCUUUAGAAAUUUAUAACUGAAUGAUGUUAAUUCCUACAAAUUUAGCUUUAUAAUAGUUUUGUUUGUGGAAACACCACGUAAAUUUAUUACUGCAAUUAUUAAAUUAUUAAAACACCACGUAAAUUUAUUACUGUAAAUUUAUAAAUUUAGCUUUAUUUUGGCUUUUUGAAGGUAUAAAAACCCAUGGAAACUGUGAAUUGCUAUAAUAGAUUGAAAAUAAUCUCGACUACGAUUGAAAUUGUUCGAAGUAGAAUGCUAUUUCGUUGUAUUAAAUUUCGGUAGUAUUAAUGAGAAUUUUGUUUCAUAUUCUGAUAAUUGAUAAAUAAUCAGUGCGAGUACAACGGCUCCAAAAUCACAACAAAUAACAGAAUAUAAGGUAAAUUAAAAACAGCAAAGCUUUACCUACCUCCAUCUAUUUUUCUAAGGCGCUCAAUUACGUAAAUAUUCGGCGAACAAUCGAUAUUUUCUUUGCGUUUCCUCGACGAAAGCCGUGAACGAAAGCGUGCAAGAGUGAUUCAUCACACGAAAAUGUUCGUCAGAAAAACUCGGUGUUUGUCGUAUUUUCACGUCACGUGUUUUACCACCGCCGUUACACCGCGACACGAAAUUUAGAGCUACAGUAUAUGAAAGUUGCAUGCCAUAUAUGGGCAUAAUCAUGCCAUAUAGGGGCAUAAUUUAUGGGCAUAAUUUAGUUAAAUAAUUUAUUUUCCUUAUAGAUUGGUUGACAAUUCGUUAUUUGUGUUUACCAUUCUGUUAAGUAUCUAUCUAGCGGCGCGGCAGUUCAAGCAAGUCAAUCCAACAUCAGACUCCCUCUGCCACAUAUUUUUCUGUCUUUCUUUCGCAUUCCUAGCAUCUAUCGUCCUCUCCUACAUUUACACCUCUAUCAUCGCCGAGCAGUUUAAAGAAACACAAAACAAGAUAAAGAAAGCCAUGAUCGCCGCCCUUACACCAGGAAUGGUAUUGCUGCCAACUGCUAUUGCAAAAUACCUUGUGUUGCGAAGAAGCUCAGAAUUAAUCCCGGCAGACAAAGCUUUUGUGAUGUGUUAUUUUAUACGCGGCGGGGCGAUUGGACUUUACCGUACAAUGCAGUCAGAUUUUCAAAACAUCUGGCUUUUUACUGGCUUUUCUCUGCUUCAUGGCGUCUCAAACGUUUUGAGUAAAGCAGCACUAAACCUUCGUAUCAAAAUGUGGAAAUGUUUCAUUGGUUGCGCCAACAAGACUCGUUGUGGGGCAACCCUAGAGGUGUUACCCGCUGAUACUCCGCGUAUCCGUCGUUUUAACGCAGACCUUGAAAUCCAAAAUAUUUUGUCUGAGUACACUACGGUUAUAUUAAGUCAGGCUUAUUUGGUCCUUUAUCUCGUUACCAAUUUUAAUGUCGUUCAUCCCUGGGAAAUUAUCAAGGGUUCGUUGGUCAGAAUUUGCAUAAGCACAGCUAUAGAUUUCGUGUUCAACAUUAUCUCAGUGUUUAUUCAAGUUCAUUUCUAUGAUAUUCCCUUGCGCAGGGUGUGGUUCAAAUAUUGGAAACGUCACGUGAUUGCGAAUUCUCUCGUCAUCAUCUGCAUGGUAUCGUAUUUUGGUAGGCCGCUGGCCGGUGUGUUCGAGGCGCGCGAGGACAGGUCACUGGAAUAUAAAUUACGAAACUGCACGUCACUCAUUUGA